AAAACCCUGAGCGCCUCAUCAGCCGCCUGGCCACCCAGAGGCAUUUGGCGGUGGGUGAAGAGUGGUCCCAGGACCUGCACAGCAGCGGCCGCACUGACCUGAAGUACUCCUAUCGCUUCGUGUGUGAUGAGCAUUACUAUGGAGAAGGCUGCUCCGUCUUCUGCCGCCCCCGGGACGAUGCCUUUGGUCACUUCACUUGCGGAGAACGUGGCGAGAAAGUCUGCAACCCAGGCUGGAAAGGCCAGUACUGCACUGAGCCGAUUUGUUUGCCUGGAUGUGAUGAGCAGCACGGCUUUUGCGACAAACCUGGGGAAUGCAAAUGCAGAGUGGGUUGGCAGGGGCGAUAUUGUGAUGAGUGCAUCCGAUACCCAGGCUGCCUUCAUGGUACCUGUCAGCAGCCAUGGCAGUGCAACUGCCAGGAAGGCUGGGGUGGCCUUUUCUGCAACCAGGACCUGAACUACUGCACCCACCACAAGCCCUGCAAGAACGGUGCCACAUGCACCAACACCGGUCAGGGGAGCUACACUUGCUCUUGCCGACCUGGGUACACAGGCUCCAACUGUGAGAUUGAAAUCAAUGAAUGUGACGCCAACCCUUGCAAGAAUGGUGGAAGCUGCACUGAUCUCGAGAACAGCUAUUCCUGUACCUGCCCCCCAGGCUUCUAUGGCAAAAACUGUGAGCUAAGCGCAAUGACUUGCGCUGAUGGACCAUGUUUCAAUGGUGGGCGAUGCACUGACAACCCUGAUGGGGGAUACAGCUGCCGCUGCCCACUGGGUUAUUCUGGGUUCAACUGUGAAAAGAAAAUCGAUUACUGCAGUUCCAGCCCUUGUGCUAACGGAGCCCAGUGCGUCGAUCUGGGGAACUCCUACAUAUGCCAGUGCCAGGCUGGCUUUACUGGGAGACACUGUGAUGAUAACGUGGACGACUGCGCCUCCUUUCCCUGCGUCAACGGAGGCACCUGCCAGGAUGGCGUCAAUGACUAUUCCUGCACCUGCCCCCCGGGAUACAACGGGAAGAACUGCAGCACCCCGGUGAGCAGAUGCGAACACAACCCCUGCCACAACGGGGCCACCUGCCACGAGAGAAACAACCGCUAUGUCUGUGAGUGCGCCCGGGGGUACGGCGGCCUCAACUGCCAGUUUUUGCUCCCCGAGCCGCCUCAGGGACCGGUCAUCGUCGACUUCACCGAGAAGUACACAGAAAGCCAGAACGCCCAGUUCCCCUGGAUCGCCGUCUGCGCCGGGAUUAUUCUCGUCCUCAUGCUGCUGCUGGGGUGUGCUGCUGUGGUCGUCUGCGUCCGGCUCAGAGUGCAGAAGAGGCACCACCAGCCUGACGCCUGCAGGAGCGAGACUGAGACCAUGAACAACCUGGCGAACUGCCAGCGCGAGAAGGACAUUUCCAUAAGUGUCAUUGGUGCCACUCAGAUUAAAAACACAAAUAAGAAAGUGGACUUUCACAGCGAUAACUCUGAUAAAAAUGGCUACAAAGUCAGAUACCCAUCAGUGGAUUACAAUUUGGUGCACGAACUCAAGAAUGAGGACUCUGUUAAAGAGGAGCACAGCAAAUGUGAAGCCAAGUGUGAAACGUAUGAUUCAGAGGCAGAUGAGAAAAGCACAGUACAACUAAAGAGUGAUACUUCUGAAAGAAAACGACCAGAUUCAGUAUAUUCCACUUCAAAGGACACAAAGUACCAGUCGGUGUAUGUCAUAUCAGAAGAGAAAGAUGAGUGCAUCAUAGCAACUGAGGUGUAAACCAGAGGCGAUAUGGCAAGGUGGUUGUUCAGAACAAUUUCAGAGGAGACGUGCCCCGAUGAAUGCUGCUGAAAGAGGAAUGGGAGAUAGAUUCCUUCACUGACUGCUGCUGAGAAACUAAAUUCAGGCUUGAGCUGGUUCUCUACUGAAGUUAGCAAAAGUGACUGCAAAAUAAAGAAACAAGAUGGACACCAGGCAAGGGUCUGUGUUCAAGGAUUACUGUUGCACUGCCUUUUAUGAAUUUUAUCAUUGCACUAUGGUCAGUUGCUUUUCUAUAUAUAUUUAAAUGAAUGGACUUAAUUACUACAUAAGAAGCAUGCACUGCCUGGAGUGUAUAUUUUGGAUUCUUAUGAGCCAGUCUUUUCUUGAAUUAGAGACACAAACACUGCCUUUAUUGUCUUUUUUGAUACUAAAAUGUGUUUUUACUAGGUGAGAAAAAGUGUGUUAUUUUUUUGAAUCUGUAAAAAUAUUUUCAUGAUAAUUGUAAAGCUUGAGUAUUUUGUGAUGUUCAUUUUUUUAUAAUUUAAAUUUUUUGGUAAAUAUGUACAAAGGCACUUCGGGUCUAUGUGACUAUAUUUUUUUGUAUAUAAAUGUAUUUAUGGAAUAUUGUGCAAAUGUUAUUUGAGUUUUUUUACCAUUUUGUUAAUGAAGAAAUUCAUUUUUAAAAUAUUUU